AUUUCCUUCAUGUCAAACCAAAAAAACAAAAAAAAAAAUAGAGUUUACUCGUAUCCUCAGCGUUAGUAUUUUUAUUUUAUAAUUUUUUUUUUAAGUCGGCAAUUGGCAGAAUAAUGAACGAGAAAAAACUUAACCGAUGUGGUAGCUUUCACAUUCGUUAUUUGGAAUUGUGUCGAGCAAAAAACUAUCCACCAAAUCCAGCCAUAAAAUCCAAAAACAAUGCAACAUCAGUUUUAGAUUUCUUUGGAGACAAACUUAAAGUUGAAGAUUGGCUUUUUGUUAUUGAAUCAUUGCGUUUUGAUAAGAUUUUACAAAAUUUAGCAAUUCGAUUGCGAAAAAAUGUUGGAAAUGUUAUUGAACAUAUUGACACUGAGAAAAAAGCAAAAGUUUUCAAACAAAAACCUUCUGUUUAUACCAAAUAUAUAUUUGGAGGAAUUGUUGAUGCUGUCACUUAUUGCAUUCAAUUUAAUAAGAAUCUUACAAUUCUUUGUUUGGAGGCUCUUCCAAUCAAUGAAAAAUAUGCGGUUUCUAUAGCAAAGGCCCUUUCAAGCAACUCACAGUUGAGACAAAUAAGUUUCCAACGCUCCCCAGUGGGUGAUAAGGGUUGUGAAGCUAUUUGCUCCUCUAUUAAGUGUCUCCCAGCAAUCGAAACUCUCAACUUGACUGAGUGCAAUUUGAGCGUUCUAGCUGCUGGCCACAUCGGUGAUAUGAUAAAGUUCCAAAAGAUUUGCCGAUACUCUGAGGGUUGGCAAAAGUCAUUGCGUUACCAAGAAGUCGAUCCCAAUACAAUUUCAGGUCUUCGAGUUAUACUUCUAGCUCGAAAUCCACAUAUAACCGAUGAAGGUGUAAAAGUUAUUGCAGAUGUUCUAAAAGAAGAUGUUUGGAUAAAAAUUAUUGACAUGGAGCAUUGUGGAAUAACAGAUUUGGGAGCAAACUUAAUUUCAGAUUGUCUUGCAAUCAAUACUUCCAUUAUUGAUUUCAAUAUUAAAAACAACAUCGAGGUGAGUAAAUUUAUUCAUAGAAACAUUCGCCAGCAACUCGGAAAAGAUGAUGAUAAUGCCGAAGAAAGUGAUGAAAAACCUUCAACAAAAGUAUCCAUUUCGAAGCUUAAAGAGCGUCUUAAAUUUCUUGAAGAACAACUUGCAUCGGAAAAGGUUUUACGCAAGCAAGUUGAAGUUUUGAAUGAAAAAUUACACAAUCAAAUUGUUGCGUAUGAAAAUGAGCUAGCAGAUAGUAAAGAAGUGGAGAUUCCUGAAGGUUAUGUCCUGGUUAAUAAUGAUUCUUUGGAAUCAAUUAUUAACGAGAGAAACGACUUGUUUAAUGAAGCAUCCUUUGCCAAUUUGUCAAAGAACAAAAGUUAUAUGAAGAAAAUUAGUAAAAUAAGAAGAGUUAAAAGUGAGAUGAAGUACAAACAAGAAGGAACAUCUAAUAAAGUAUCAAAGUCCGAUUAUAAAUUUAAAAAUAAUGAUCGUAAAAAUAGCCUAAUAAUUGAGAAGAACAUUGGCGAUAACUUUAUAAACAACAAUAAUCAGGAACAACAUUUGACAGCAAGAGUAGAAAAAAAUGAAAAAAAUCAUUCAAACAGGAAUACAACCACGACGAGCUCUGACGAAAGUGAAGAAAUUCUCAAUGCAGCUGAACCGUUCAAAGUUUUUAUUCGUAAGAAGCAAACGGCAGUAGUUCAGGAAAAAUGUCCUUCACCUAGAUCACUUUUCUUAGGACUUAGUUAAACAUUUUUCUAAAUUGUAAUAUGUGUCCUUUAAAAUAAUAAAUAAUUUGCAUUUGAGAUACAA